GAUCAGCACGUGACCUCCGGGGCUCCAGGCGACGUGCAGCAGCUCGAUGGGGACGGAAGUUAAGCGGUAACCUCAGGAUGAUCGUAAGGUUGUCUAACCGGAUAAAGACUUGUGUGGGUUCUCACCCGCAACCUGCUUGUCACACAGAACCCGCGGCGGCGGCGGGUGUAGAGUUUUAGAGUCAGAUCAGCAGAACCGAUGUUGCCAGCCGAAGGAAUCUACUUCCCAAUUUUAACUUCAGUGUCAGAUGUUUUCUGUGGGUUCCUCACUGAAGGACGUGAGCAACAGAGGUUAAUAGUUUGUAAAUAGAUCUGCAGGUUUUGAGCAAAACAAAAUGUAGAAGCGGGGUGGGUGGGGUGAACGUGAGGAAGAAUCAUCGAGUCAGUGCUAUCAAUCUGGAACAACGCUGUCGUAAUCAGAGUUGAACAAAUCUGACCAUCAGUUUAGGUGGUCUUCUCAAAGAGGAAGUUUUUUUUGGUGGGGGGGCGCUCUCCAGGCAAAUAAGCUUGUACCACAUCAAGGAUAACACAGUGUAGAGCUGGUGAGGAACACGGCGGGCCAGGCGGCAUCUGAGGAGCAGGAAAGCUGACGUUUCAGAAUCACUGCUGAAGGAUGGAGGAAAUGUGACCAGGUGAUGUCUUUAACCGACUGUCCUUAAGCAAGCAGUCAUGGUAGAUGUUGGAAAGUGGCCUGUGUUCAGCUUGCUUUCUCCACAGGAAAUUAAAUUGAUUAAUCAAGCCUGUGUCUUUGGUACUUCAGCAACUGAGGCAAUCUACGUCACAAAAAAUGACCAAGUGUUUGCACUUGGAGUAAAUUGCAGUAACUGCCUAGGAAUCGGGGAUGGUCAGAAUGUAGUUACACCAAAGAAAAUAGAAGCUUUGUGUGGGAAGAAAAUAAUUUCUCUCAGUUAUGGAAGUGGACCUCAUAUUUUACUUGCAACUACAGAUGGUGAAACUUAUUCCUGGGGCCUUAACAGUUAUGGCCAGCUGGGCAACGGAACAACCGGUCCAGGUUCAUUGCCUUUCCUUGUCUCGAGCAUGUUCUAUGACAAGAAAGUGAUUGAGGUUGCUUGUGGCUCCAAUCACUCUAUGGUCCUAACAACAGAAGGCGAGGUCUACUCUUGGGGUCAUAAUAACUGUGGGCAAGUUGGAUCAGGAUCUACUGCAAGCCAGGCAACACCACGGAGAGUAACAAACUGUUUGCAGAACAAGAGGAUUGUUGCUAUUGCUUGUGGUCAGAUUUACUCCAUGGCUACAUCAGAUAAUGGAGAGGUGUACAGUUGGGGUUACAAUGGCAGUGGUCAACUGGGAACAGGAAUCAGUGGAAACCACCUUACUCCUUGCAGAGUGACUGGGUUACAAGGAAUUUGUGUCCUUCAGAUUGUCUGUGGUUCUGCUCACACACUCGCACUAACAGAUGAGGGCUUGCUAUAUGCCUGGGGAGCUAAUACAUCUGGACAGCUGGGUAUUGGAAAUAAAAUCAAUCAGCUGGUUCCAGUACUGGUCACUUUGGAGAAAGAAAGGAUUGUGGAGAUUGCAGCCUGUCAUUCUACUCACACCUCAGCUGUGAAGACCCAGGGUGGUCAAGUUUACAUGUGGGGACAUUGCCGGGGCCAGCCGGUUACCAUCCCACGUCUCACUCACUUCUCUUGCACAGAUGAUGUGUUUGCCUGCUUUGCCUCUCCAGCAGUUACAUGGCGCUUCCUGUCCAUAGAACAGGAUGAUCACCUGACUGUAGCUCAGUCUCUGCACAAGGAAUUUGACAGCUUGGAAACAUCAGAUUUAAAGUUCUGUGUGGAAGGAAAAUUCAUCCAUGUUCAUAAAGCUAUUCUAAAAAUAAGGUGUGAACAUUUUCGAACUAUGUUUCAAUCCUACUGGAGUGAAGAUGAAAAAGAGGUGAUUGAGAUUGAUCAAUUCAGCUAUUCAGUGUAUCGUGCCUUUCUAGAAUACUUGUACACAGACUGUGUCAAUCUUCCUCCUGAGGAUGCAAUAGGGCUUCUGGAUCUGGCUACUUCUUACUGUGAAACCAAAGUGAAGAAACUAUGCCAAGAGAUCAUUAAAAGGGGAAUUACUGUGGAGAAUGCUUUCCUAUUGCUGUCAGCAGCUGUCCGUUAUGAUGCAAAGGGUUUAGAAGAGUUUUGCUUCAAAUUUUGUAUGAAUCAUUUGACUGCAGUCACUGACACUGAUGCAUUUUGGCAAAUGGAUGGAGCUCUCUUGAAAGAAUUCAUUGUAAAAGCAAGCAAGUGUGGAGCUUUCAGAAACUGAACUUAUGGGGUAGGCAUUUUCCCCUAUUAAGGGGAAAUCGAUCCAGUUUUGAUGGAAUAUUCCCACUCACUCAUCUCUAAUUUAUACUAUUGCCAGUCUGAUUUGUAAACAGUGGGAUAUUCAUCAAAUUUCAACAAUAUAAUUGACUUCUUCAAUGUAUUUGAAAAGACUGGACUACAAUUGUGCUCAUUUCUUGACUGCACUUAGUUUCUUAGAUGUAAAUUUCUGAUCACUUUUGCAGCAAGUAAAUGUUAUAAUAAAAUUAUUUGAUCAUGUACAUAGUUUGCUAUGACAGUAAUUUAGUAAGAACUGAGUUGUUCCUUAUUUUGGUAAUUGUGAGGUAAUGACUCUCACAUUAUGAAUUUGGGAUAUACCUUGCUGUCAAACGGAACCACUUUUCUGUUAAGCCUUCUGAGAAAAAAUUGUGACAUGGCCUGGGCUGUAAAAUUUGGAAAGAUUCUAUGAAUAGAAUGUCAAAGGUUCACUUUUGUUUGUGGCAUUUGAUUAUACCUUGUGAAUUUCUCACGUUAAACUCUAUCCUAGCAAUUUCUGUUGCAGAUUUUUUCCAAGAUAUUGGGAAUACUUUAGUUUGUUUACCUGCCAUUAAGUCUUAUUAUCAACAACUUAUAUGGAAGAAAAUGAUCAAAAAUCGCUUUAUAUUAGUGAGAUUGAAUUCAUUUUAAAAUGAAUUCAAUGUCAGUUUUUCAAAAGGCCAUUCAAAUAGUGCUGGAUACUAAUAUGAUAAAGUUGCUUUAUGAAUUUAUUUGGCCUACUACCAUAUUAUUAUUAAACUCUACAAGUUGAUAUUAAAAAAAACACUUCUGGACUUUUUUUCAAAUAUUGGAGCACUAGCCUAGAACAUGAGCAAAGCUGCUACCAUUAUUUCUUUUGUAAUUCAGAGGUCUGACUGAACCCUUCGAUCAUCCUGUUUUCUUGUCAGUAUUAUGUUUGUGCACAGAGUUGCAGAAAAGUUCAUAUUUUGUGCUGGCAUCAAAUAUUCCAAGCACACAUCUAUUUCCAAUUUUCUGUAAAAAUUCAUGAUGCUACUCUUUGUGAAUCAAGUGGGAUAUUUGACUGUCCCAGUUUGCUGUUCAAUACACUGCAAAAUAAUGCACAGUCUGUAACCUUGCUGGUUUUUAAGGGAAAAACUGCUUGGAGUCAAUCUCCCAUGCAUGCCAUGUAAAGCUGCGGACAGUUAUUGUUUAUAUAGUAUUACUACUGCUUUCUCCACACACAAUGUCUCAAUUAGCUAUGUUCCUAACCACGAAAAGGGAAGGUGGAUACAUGUUUAGGUUUUUUUGAGCCAAACCAACACAAAGAAAGGAAUACAGAAGCACACGUGGUUCUAGCAACAGCAGUCUUGCAAGAGCAACAGAAUCUAGAGUGAUAUUUCUGUGAUAAUGGUCAAUGUUUAUUUUACACAAAGGCUUGUUUUUUUUCCCCAGGUUGUUACUUACCCUUCUUUAUUUGAGACCACUGAUGUGCUUAGUUUUCCAGGUGUUUUUAUGACCCCCAUGGUAAACAUAUUGACAACAUUGUGUACCUUGUGCUUCGGACAAAGUGUUAUGAUAGUCUAAGGAGCAUAUCACUGAGAACAUAAAAACACAGCUGGCUCGAACACAAUUUUUGCUUGGAGGCGAAUAA